AUGCUGCAUUCACUUCACCCACAACAAGUUUACCAUCCUCAAGUGCCACAGCUGCUGCCAAAGCCAUUACUUCAUCCUACAACAGAAACUACAGAAGCUGCAACACCCAUUGCUACAACUGCUCCAACAACCUUAUCUGAAACUUCACCAAGUACCAGUGGGACCUCUGCUACAACACCUGCUGAGACAACAACACUGACUAGCAAGAGCAUUGCAAGCACAGAGGAGACUUCCACAACCACCAAUGGUCAACCAAACACAGAGUUUUCCACAACCAGUGCCAUUGUUGAAACAUCCACAGUUCCUUCAACAACUACAUCUGUUAUUGGGACUACUACAACACCUGCAGAGCAGACUACAUAUAUUUCAUCAACACCUGAUGCUUCUACUUUGAGCUCUACUGUUUCGGCAUCUUCCACUGCCAAGACUGCCACAGAUGCUCUAACGACAGCUCUUGACAUUAUUACCACAACAACACCAGCUACAAACUCCCAGAGUACACCUGGCUCAAGUACAAGCACUCUUCCUGAAUUAUCGACAUCAGCAAGUGUUUUUACUCCCACAGUCCCGUUGACAGAGACCACCACUGCACAAACACACCCACAAAGUAGUGGUUUCUCAACCGUCACAAACUCCCUGUUUACAACAGAAUAUCCUACAACUGUGCCCACUAGCACUGUGGCCUCAUCAAAUGCUGCAUUCACUUCACCCACAACAAGUUUACCAUCCUCAAGUGCCACAGCUGCUGCCAAAGCCAUUACUUCAUCUACAACAGAAACUACAGAAGCUGCAACAUCCAUUUCUACAACUGCUCCAACAACCUUAUCUGAAACUUCACCAAGUACCAGUGGGACCUCUGCUACAACACCUGCUGAGACAACAACACUGACUAGCAAGAGCAUUGCAAGCACAGAGGAGACUUCCACAACCACCAAUGGUCAACCAAACACAGAGUUUUCCACAACCAGUGCCAUUGUUGAAACAUCCACAGUUCCUUCAACAACUACAUCUGUUAUUGGGACUACUACAACACCUGCAGAGCAGACUACAUAUAUUUCAUCAACACCUGAUGCUUCUACUUUGAGCUCUACUGUUUCGGCAUCUUCCACUGCCAAGACUGCCACAGAUGCUCUAACGACAGCUCUUGACAUUAUUACCACAACAACACCAGCUACAAACUCCCAGAGUACACCUGGCUCAAGUACAAGCACUCUUCCUGAAUUAUCGACAUCAGCAAGUGUUUCUACUCCCACAGUCCCGUUGACAGAGACCACCACUGCACAAACACACCCACAAAGUAGUGGUUUCUCAACCGUCACAAACUCCCUGUUUACAACAGAAUAUCCUACAACUGUGCCCACUAGCACUGUGGCCUCAUCAAAUGCUGCAUUCACUUCACCCACAACAAGUUUACCAUCCUCAAGUGCCACAGCUGCUGCCAAAGCCAUUACUUCAUCUACAACAGAAACUACAGAAGCUGCAACAUCCAUUUCUACAACUGCUCCAACAACCUUAUCUGAAACUUCACCAAGUACCAGUGGGACCUCUGCUACAACACCUGCUGAGACAACAACACUGACUAGCAAGAGCAUUGCAAGCACAGAGGAGACUUCCACAACCACCAAUGGUCAACCAAACACAGAGUUUUCCACAACCAGUGCCAUUGUUGAAACAUCCACAGUUCCUUCAACAACUACAUCUGUUAUUGGGACUACUACAACACCUGCAGAGCAGACUACAUAUAUUUCAUCAACACCUGAUGCUUCUACUUUGAGCUCUACUGUUUCGGCAUCUUCCACUGCCAAGACUGCCACAGAUGCUCUAACGACAGCUCUUGACAUUAUUACCACAACAACACCAGCUACAAACUCCCAGAGUACACCUGGCUCAAGUACAAGCACUCUUCCUGAAUUAUCGACAUCAGCAAGUGUUUCUACUCCCACAGUCCCGUUGACAGAGACCACCACUGCACAAACACACCCACAAAGUAGUGGUUUCUCAACCGUCACAAACUCCCUGUUUACAACAGAAUAUCCUACAACUGUGCCCACUAGCACUGUGGCCUCAUCAAAUGCUGCAUUCACUUCACCCACAACAAGUUUACCAUCCUCAAGUGCCACAGCUGCUGCCAAAGCCAUUACUUCAUCUACAACAGAAACUACAGAAGCUGCAACAUCCAUUUCUACAACUGCUCCAACAACCUUAUCUGAAACUUCACCAAGUACCAGUGGGACCUCUGCUACAACACCUGCUGAGACAACAACACUGACUAGCAAGAGCAUUGCAAGCACAGAGGAGACUUCCACAACCACCAAUGGUCAACCAAACACAGAGUUUUCCACAACCAGUGCCAUUUUUGAAACAUCCACAGUUCCUUCAACAACUACAUCUGUUCUUGGGACUACUACAACACCUGCAGAGCAGACUACAUAUAUUUCAUCAACACCUGAUGCUUCUACUUUGAGCUCCACUGUUUCGGCAUCUUCCACUGCCAAGACAGCCACAGAUGCUCUAACGACAGCUCUUGACAUUAUUACCACAACAACAUCAGCUACAAACUCCCAGAGUACACCUGACUCAAGUACAAGCACUCUUCCUGAAUUAUCGACAUCAGCAAGUGUUUCUACUCCCACAGUUCCAUUGACAGAGACCACCACUGAACAAACACACCCACAAAGUAGUGGUUUCUCAACCGUCACAAACUCCCUGUUUACAACAGAAUAUCCUACAACUGUGCCCACUAGCACUGUGGCCUCAUCAAAUGCUGCAUUCACUUCACCCACAACAAGUUUACCAUCCUCAAGUGCCACAGCUGCUGCCAAAGCCAUUACUUCAUCUACAACAGAAACUACAGAAGCUGCAACAUCCAUUUCUACAACUGCUCCAACAACCUUAUCUGAAACUUCACCAAGUACCAGUGGGACCUCUGCUACAACACCUGCUGAGACAACAACACUGACUAGCAAGAGCAUUGCAAGCACAGAGGAGACUUCCACAACCACCAAUGGUCAACCAAACACAGAGUUUUCCACAACCAGUGCCAUUUUUGAAACAUCCACAGUUCCUUCAACAACUACAUCUGUUCUUGGGACUACUACAACACCUGCAGAGCAGACUACAUAUAUUUCAUCAACACCUGAUGCUUCUACUUUGAGCUCCACUGUUUCGGCAUCUUCCACUGCCAAGACAGCCACAGAUGCUCUAACGACAGCUCUUGACAUUAUUACCACAACAACAUCAGCUACAAACUCCCAGAGUACACCUGACUCAAGUACAAGCACUCUUCCUGAAUUAUCGACAUCAGCAAGUGUUUCUACUCCCACAGUCCCAUUGACAGAGACCACCACUGAACAAACACACCCACAAAGUAGUGGUUUCUCAACCGUCACAAACUCCCUGUUUACAACAGAAUAUCCUACAACUGUGCCCACUAGCACUGUGGCCUCAUCAAAUGCUGCAUUCACUUUACCCACAACAAGUUUACCAUCCUCAAGUGCCACAGCUGCUGCCAAAGCCAUUACUUCAUUUACAACAGAAACUACAGAAGCUGCAACAUCCAUUUCUACAACUGCUCCAACAACCUUAUCUGAAACUUCACCAAGUACCAGUGGGACCUCUGCUACAUUACCUGCUGAGACAACAACACUGACUAGCAAGAGCAUUGCAAGCACAGAGGGGACUUCCACAACCACCAAUGGUCAACCAAACACAGAGUUUUCCACAACCAGUGCCAUUGUUGAAACAUCCACAGUUCCUUCAACAACUACAUCUGUUAUUGGGACUACUACAACACCUGCAGAGCAGACUACAUAUAUUUCAUCAACACCUGAUGCUUCUACUUUGAGCUCAACAGUUACGGCAUCUUCCACUGCCAAGACUGCCACAGAUGCUCUAACGACAGCUCUUGACAUUAUUACCACAACAACACCAGCUACAAGCUCCCAGAGUACACCUGGCUCAAGUACAAGGACUCUUCCUGAAUUAUCAACAUCAGCAAGUGUUUCUACUCCCACAGUCCCGUUGACAGAGACCACCACUGCACAAACACACCCACAAAGUAGUGGUUUCUCAACCGUCACAAACUCCCUGUUUACAACAGAAUAUCCUACAACUGUGCCCACUAGCACUGUGGCCUCAUCAAAUGCUGCAUUCACUUCACCCACAACAAUUUACCAUCCUCAACAAGACAUUGCAAGCACAGAGGAGACUUCCACAACCACCAAUGGUCAACCAAACACAGAGUUUUCCACAACCAGUGCCAUUGUUGAAACAUCCACAGUUCCUUCAACAACUACAUCUGUUAUUGGGACUACUACAACACCUGCAGAGCAGACUACAUAUAUUUCAUCAACACCUGAUGCUUCUACUUUGAGCUCUACAGUUUCGGCAUCUUCCACUGCCAAGACUGCCACAGAUGCUCUAACGACAGCUCUUGACAUUAUUACCACAACAGCACCAGCUACAAACUCCCAGAGUACACCUGGCCCAAGUACAAGCACUCUUCCUGAAUUAUCGACAUCAGCAAGUGUUUUUACUCCCACAGUCCCAUUGACAGAGACCACCACUGCACAAACACACCCACAAAGUAGUGGUUUCUCAACCGUUACAAACUCCCUGUUUACAACAGAAUAUCCUACAACUGUGCCCACUAGCACUGUGGCCUCAUCAAAUGCUGCAUUCACUUCACCCAUAACAAGUUCACCAUCCUCAAGUGCCACAGCUGCUGCCAAAGCCAUUACUUCAUCCACAACAGAAACUACAGAAGCUGCAACAUCCAUUGCUCCAACUGCUCCAACAACCUUAUCUGAAUCUUCACCAAGUACCAGUGGGACCUCUGCUACAACACCUGCUGAGACAACAACACUGACUAGCAAGAGCAUUGCAAGCACAGAGGAGACUUCCACAACCACCAAUGGUCAACCAAACACAGAGUUUUCCACAACCAGUGCCAUUGUUGAAACAUCCACAGUUCAUUCAACAACUACAUCUGUUAUUGGGACUACUACAACACCUGCAGAGCAGACUACAUAUAUUUCAUCAACACCUGAUGCUUCUACUUUGAGCUCUACAGUUUCGGCAUCUUCCACUGCCAAGACUGCCACAGAUGCUCUAACGACAGCUCUUGACAUUAUUACCACAACAGCACUAGCUACAAACUCCCAGAGUACACCUGGCCCAAGUACAAGCACUCUUCCUGAAUUAUCGACAUCAGCAAGUGUUUUUACUCCCACAGUCCCAUUGAGAGAGACCACAUCUGCACAAACACACCCACAAAGUAGUGGUUUCUCAACCGUCACAAACUCCCUGUUUACAACAGAAUAUCCUACAACUGUGCCCACUAGCACUGUGGCCUCAUCAAAUGCUGCAUUCACUUUACCCACAACAAGUUUACCAUCCUCAAGUGCCACAGCUGCUGCAAAAGCCAUUACUUCAUCCACAACAGAAACUACAGAAGCUGCAACAUCCAUUGCUCCAACUGCUCCAACAACCUUAUCUGAAUCUUCACCAAGUACCAGUGGGACCUCUGCUACAACACCUGCUGAGACAACAACACUGACUAGCAAGAGCAUUGCAAGCACAGAGGAGACUUCCACAACCACCAAUGGUCAACCAAACACAGAGUUUUCCACAACCAGUGCCAUUGUUGAAACAUCCACAGUUCAUUCAACAACUACAUCUGUUAUUGGGACUACUACAACACCUGCAGAGCAGACUACAUAUAUUUCAUCAACACCUGAUGCUUCUACUUUGAGCUCUACAGUUUCGGCAUCUUCCACUGCCAAGACUGUCACAGAUGCUCUAACGACAGCUCUUGACAUUAUUACCACAACAGCACCAGCUACAAACUCCCAGAGUACACCUGGAGUCCCAUUGACAGAGACCACCACUGCACAAACACACCCACAAAGUAGUGGUUUCUCAACCGUUACAAACUCCCUGUUUACAACAGAAUAUCCUACAACUGUGCCCACUAGCACUGUGGCCUCAUCAAAUGCUGCAUUCACUUUACCCACAACAAGUUUACCAUCCUCAAGUGCCACAGCUGCUGCAAAAGCCAUUACUUCAUCCACAACAGAAACUACAGAAGCUGCAACAUCCAUUGCUCCAACUGCUCCAACAACCUUAUCUGAAUCUUCACCAAGUACCAGUGGGACCUCUGCUACAACACCUGCUGAGACAACAACACUGACUAGCAAGAGCAUUGCAAGCACAGAGGAGACUUCCACAACCACCAAUGGUCAACCAAACACAGAGUUUUCCACAACCAGUGCCAUUGUUGAAACAUCCACAGUUCAUUCAACAACUACAUCUGUUAUUGGGACUACUACAACACCUGCAGAGCAGACUACAUAUAUUUCAUCAACACCUGAUGCUUCUACUUUGAGCUCCACUGUUUCGGCAUCUUCCACUGCCAAGACUGCCACAGAUGCUCUAACGACAGCUCUUGACAUUAUUACCACAACAGCACCAGCUACAACCUCCCAGAGUACACCUGGCCCAAGUACAAGCACUCUUCCUGAAUUAUCGACAUCAGCAAGUGUUUUUACUCCCACAGUCCCAUUGACAGAUACCACCACUGCACAAACACACCCACAAAGUAGUGGUUUCUCAACCGUUACAAACUCCCUGUUUACAACAGAAUAUCCUACAACUGUGCCCACUAGCACUGUGUUCUCUUUAAAUGCUGCAUUCACUUCACCCACAACAAGUUCACCAUCCUCAAGUGCCACAGCUGCUGCCAAAGCCAUUACUUCAUCCACAACAGAAACUACAGAAGCUGCAACAUCCAUUGCUCCAACUGCUCCAACAACCUUAUCUGAAUCUUCACCAAGUACCAGUGGGACCUCUGCUACAACACCUGCUGAGACAACAACACUGACUAGCAAGAGCAUUGCAAGCACAGAGGAGACUUCCACAACCACCAAUGGUCAACCAAACACAGAGUUUUCCACAACCAGUGCCAUUGUUGAAACAUCCACAGUUCAUUCAACAACUACAUCUGUUAUUGGGACUACUACAACACCUGCAGAGCAGACUACAUAUAUUUCAUCAACACCUGAUGCUUCUACUUUGAGCUCUACAGUUUCGGCAUCUUCCACUGCCAAGACUGCCACAGAUGCUCUAACGACAGCUCUUGACAUUAUUACCACAACAGCACCAGCUACAAACUCCCAGAGUACACCUGGCCCAAGUACAAGCACUCUUCCUGAAUUAUCGACAUCAGCAAGUGUUUUUACUCCCACAGUCCCAUUGAGAGAGACCACAUCUGCACAAACACACCCACAAAGUAGUGGUUUCUCAACCGUUACAAACUCCCUGUUUACAACAGAAUAUCCUACAACUGUGCCCACUAGCACUGUGGCCUCAUCAAAUGCUGCAUUCACUUCACCCAUAACAAGUUCACCAUCUUCAAGUGCCACAGCUGCUGCCAAAGCCAUUACUUCAUCCACAACAGAAACUACAGAAGCUGCAACAUCCAUUGCUCCAACUGCUCCAACAACCUUAUCUGAAUCUUCACCAAGUACCAGUGGGACCUCUGCUACAACACCUGCUGAGACAACAACACUGACUAGCAAGAGCAUUGCAAGCACAGAGGAGACUUCCACAACCACCAAUGGUCAACCAAACACAGAGUUUUCCACAACCAGUGCCAUUGUUGAAACAUCCACAGUUCCUUCAACAAGUACAUCUGUUAUUGGGACUACUACAACACCUGCAGAGCAGACUACAUAUAUUUCAUCAACACCUGAUGCUUCUACUUUGAGCUCCACUGUUUCGGCAUCUUCCACUGCCAAGACUGCCACAGAUGCUCUAACGACAGCUCUUGACAUUAUUACCACAACAGCACCAGCUACAAACUCCCAGAGUACACCUGGCUCAAGUACAAGCACUCUUCCUGAAUUAUCGACAUCAGCAAGUGUUUUUACUCCCACAGUCCCAUUGAGAGAGACCACAUCUGCACAAACACACCCACAAAGUAGUGGUUUCUCAACCGUUACAAACUCCCUGUUUACAACAGAAUAUCCUACAACUGUGCCCACUAGCACUGUGGCCUCAUCAAAUGCUGCAUUCACUUCACCCAUAACAAGUUCACCAUCCUCAAGUGCCACAGCUGCUGCCAAAGCCAUUACUUCAUCCACAACAGAAACUACAGAAGCUGCAACAUCCAUUGCUCCAACUGCUCCAACAACCUUAUCUGAAUCUUCACCAAGUACCAGUGGGACCUCUGCUACAACACCUGCUGAGACAACAACACUGACUAGCAAGAGCAUUGCAAGCACAGAGGAGACUUCCACAACCACCAAUGGUCAACCAAACACAGAGUUUUCCACAACCAGUGCCAUUGUUGAAACAUCCACAGUUCAUUCAACAACUACAUCUGUUAUUGGGACUACUACAACACCUGCAGAGCAGACUACAUCUAUUUCAUCAACACCUGAUGCUUCUACUUUGAGCUCCACUGUUUCGGCAUCUUCCACUGCCAAGACUGCCACAGAUGCUCUAACGACAGUUCUUGACAUUAUUACCACAACAGCACCAGCUACAAACUCCCAAAGUACACUUGGCUCAAGUACAAGCACUCUCCCUGAAAUAUCGACAUCAGCAAGUGUUUUUACUCCCACAGUCCCAUUGACAGAGACCACCACUGCACAAACACACCCACAAAGUAGUGGUUUCUCAACCGUUACAAACUCCCUGUUUACAACAGAAAAUCCAACAACUGUGCCCACUAGCACUGUGGCCUCAUCAAAUGCUGCAUUCACUUCACCCAUAACAAGUUCACCAUCCUCAAGUGCCACAGCUGCUGCCAAAGCCAUUACUUCAUCCACAACAGAAACUACAGAAGCUGCAACAUCCAUUGCUCCAACUGCUCCAACAACCUUAUCUGAAUCUUCACCAAGUACCAGUGGGACCUCUGCUACAACACCUGCUGAGACAACAACACUGACUAGCAAGAGCAUUGCAAGCACAGAGGAGACUUCCACAACCACCAAUGGUCAACCAAACACAGAGUUUUCCACAACCAGUGCCAUUGUUGAAACAUCCACAGUUCCUUCAACAACUACAUCUGUUAUUGGGACUACUACAACACCUGCAGAGCAGACUACAUAUAUUUCAUCAACAUCUGAUGCUUCUACUUUGAGCUCCACUGUUUCGGCAUCUUUUACUGCCAAGACUGUCACAGAUGCUCUAACGACAGCUCUUGACAUUAUUACCACAACAGCACCAGCUACAAACUCCCAUAGUAUACCUGGCUCAAGUACAAGCACUCUUCCUGAAUUAUCGACAUCAGCAAGUGUUUCUACUCCCACAGUCCCAUUGACAGAGACCACCACUGCACAAACACACCCACAAAGUAGUGGUUUCUCAACCGUCACAAACUCCCUGUUUACAACAGAAAAUCCAACUGUGCCCACUAGCACUGUGGCCUCAUCAAAUGCUGCAUUCACUUCACCCAUAACAAGUUCACCAUCCUCAAGUGCCACAGCUGCUGCCAAAGCCAUUACUUCAUCCACAACAGAAACUACAGAAGCUGCAACAUCCAUUGCUCCAACUGCUCCAACAACCUUAUCUGAAUCUUCACCAAGUACCAGUGGGACCUCUGCUACAACACCUGCUGAGACAACAACACUGACUAGCAAGAGCAUUGCAAGCACAGAGGAGACUUCCACAACCACCAAUGGUCAACCAAACACAGAGUUUUCCACAACCAGUGCCAUUGUUGUAACAUCCACAGUUCUUUCAACAACUACAUCUGUUAUUGGGACUACUACAACACCUGCAGAGCAGACUACAUAUAUUUCAUCAACACCUGAUGCUUCUACUUUGAGCUCCACUGUUUCGGCAUCUUCCACUGCCAAGACUGCCACAGAUGCUCUAACGACAGUUCUUGACAUUAUUACCACAACAGCACCAGCUACAAACUCCCAAAGUACACUUGGCUCAAGUACAAGCACUCUCCCUGAAAUAUCGACAUCAGCAAGUGUUUUUACUCCCACAGUCCCAUUGACAGAGACCACCACUGCACAAACACACCCACAAAGUAGUGGUUUCUCAACCGUUACAAACUCCCUGUUUACAACAGAAAAUCCAACAACUGUGCCCACUAGCACUGUGGCCUCAUCAAAUGCUGCAUUCACUUCACCCAUAACAAGUUCACCAUCCUCAAGUGCCACAGCUGCUGCCAAAGCCAUUACUUCAUCCACAACAGAAACUACAGAAGCUGCAACAUCCAUUGCUACAACUGCUCCAACAACCUUAUCUGAAACUUCACCAAGUACCAGUGGGACCUCUGCUACAACACCUGCUGAGACAACAACACUGACUAGCAAGAGCAUUGCAAGCACAGAGGAGACUUCCACAACCACCAAUGGUCAACCAAACACAGAGUUUUCCACAACCAGUGCCAUUGUUGAAACAUCCACAGUUCCUUCAACAACUACAUCUGUUAUUGGGACUACUACAACACCUGCAGAGCAGACUACAUAUAUUUCAUCAACACCUGAUGCUUCUACUUUGAGCUCCACUGUUUCGGCAUCUUCCACUGCCAAGACUGCCACAGACACUCUAACGAGAGCUCUUGACAUUAUUACCACAACAGCACCAGCUACAAACUCCCAGAGUACACCUGGCUCAAGUACAAGCACUAUUCCUGAUUUAUUGACAUCAGCAAGUGUUUCUACUGCCACAGUCCCAUUGACAGAGACCACCACUGCACAAACACACCCACAAAGUAGUGGUUUCUCAACAGUCCCAAACUCCCCAUCAACAGCAGAAUUAUCUAAAACUGUGCCCAACAGUGCUACUAGCUCAAUUGCUUCCUCUUCAUUUUUAGCUAAUAAUGAAUUAACAAAAAUGCCCACUGCUCCUACAACCAUCAUCAGUAGUCCAUCAGAAUCACCACCUGUAUCUAAACCUUCUAUUUCCAAAACAACAACAAUUGAUAAAACAUCUGUCACUUCAGGCAAUUCAGGUACUACUAUUUUGUCUUCCACCGCUUUUAGAAUAUUUACAGGUACUUUGAAAAGUAACACAACAGCUCAAACAGCACCUGCUGUUCCAGGAACAAAGCCAGUAUUUUCAACCUUUACAGCUGGUACUGGUUCUUUUACCAUUACUGAACAAACAAGCCCAACUGCCGCCACACUAACAACAAUUACCCAAAAGGCUACAGGAGAAUUAUUUAAUCCCACAACAAUUACUAACACAAAACCUGUCCAAACAGUACAGCCCCCAACUAAAUUCACCUCUGUACAACAAAACACAGUUUCAUCUGGUCUGGCUACCAUUAUUUUCAGAACAGUUGGGACCACUCCAAUAGAAAUUACAACCAAAAAAUUGUCAACUGUUUCACAGAUAGUGACAAUAACCACCAAAUCAAACAUCACUGUCUCCAAUUCAGAUACAACAUUUUCAAGCACAACUGUGCCAGUUAAUUCAUCAAUAGUAACAGCUUCUAGAACAACAAUUUUUGAAGACAAAACUAAUGUUGCUAAAACUGCUACGGUUACAAAGCCAACAUCUACUCUGCAAUAUCCAAAAUCUACCAUCAGUCUUUCGACAAUUACAUCUUUACCCACAGCUAGGGUAACAGCAGAAGCAACAACAAAUUACCAGACUGGAAAGUUGUUUACCAGCAUGUCGACAUCCACCUCAGCAGCAGUUACAAAUGCUCCACCAAAACCUGCUACUGAAGUCAUGAGUCCAAAGCCUGCAACCACAACCAGUGCUGCCCCAACAACAGUAUCGUCCACUGCAGUAAUGAGUAAAAUGUGUUUCUUUACAGUCAUUGCACUCACCAUGAUUUCAUUAUUGGUGUGAGACAAUAGCAAACAUUUGACUUUGUAAUCACCAUGAAUUAUCAAAUAAUAAUCAUAAACCUGAAGUCCAUGUAAUUUUUCACUUUCAUUUGCUGAUUUGCUUUAUGAAAUAUUUAUACUGUUGUUUUUCCUAUUUAAAUAUUUAUUAUUUGAGAUUGCAUAUUUUAGGUUUAAGAUCCAUUCCAUUCUUCACUAAUUUAUACAUGGGAUUUUCAGAUUAACAGCUAAUAAAAUUGUAAUUCUGUAGUUUUCUUUGAGUAAAAUCUUGGUGAUGGAUGUGUAUCAAAGGAAAUUGUCACUAAGUUAUUUUAAAUUAUUUUGGAAGCUAUGUCUGUUUUAGUUUAGUUUUAUAUUGAUAUAUAUUGGUGUUUGGUUCUAUUAAUUAUGAAAUAUCAAUAAAGCAUCAAAUACAAUACUUGG